AUGGUCAGCCGACGCCAGUCAGAUGCGAGUGCAGCGAGUACUCCCCCGGAGAGCGAAUCUCCGGAUUUCGUCGACACUCCAGCAACCCAAUCGUCGGUCUUGUUUGACCGUUUUGAUGAAUUGCUCGACAGAUUCACCCCUGAAAGCCCUUGCAUUCUAGUGACGGGUGGCUUGGGAUUCAUUGGCAGCCACACAACACUGGAGUUGCUCAAAGCCAACUAUAAUGUUAUUGUCAUCGAUAAUUUAAGCAACGCUUUUGAGAAUGUACUCGAUCGCAUUCAGCUUCUUGCCGAGAAGUUCCACCAAGGAAAUGGAUCUCAAAUGCCAAAGUUGCGAUUGCACGCUCAUGAUUAUCGAGACACAAAAGCUCUUCGGUCCCUGCUGAAGGAAUAUCAUAUCCCGUCUCGAUGGGGUAUCCCAAAGUCAAAGAUCGCCGGUGUCAUUCAUUUUGCUGCUUACAAGGCCGUCGAGGAAAGUAUUCAACAGCCAUUGAAAUAUUACGCCAACAAUGUGGGCGGCUUGGUUGAUUUCACAGCAACACUUGAGGAAUUCGGCAUCAAGACAUUUAUCUUUUCCUCUUCGGCCACUGUGUAUGGUACCCUGGCGACCUCGGGAUUGCCAUUGAAGGAAGAACUUUGUGUUCACAAGAAAGAAGUCUAUAUCGAGCAAGCAGGAACAACCCGAGUGAUUCAACCGGGAUGUACUGGCAUCACCAACCCAUAUGGACGCACUAAAUGGAUGUGUGAAGCGAUUCUGGCAGAUCUAGCAGCUUCUGAUUCAGAAUGGACGGUUGUUGCUCUUCGAUACUUCAACCCCAUUGGGUGUGAUUCAUCUGGUACACUGGGAGAAGACCCCAGACAAGUCCCCACAAAUCUUCUCCCUGUUGUUGUGAAGGUAUUCACAGGGCAAUAUGCAGAGUUGUCCAUUUUCGGAACCGACUGGGAUACUGAAGACGGAACGGCUGUUCGAGAUUUCAUUCACGUCACUGAUCUGGCUCGAGGCCAUAUUGCAGCUCUCAAAGCUUCAACCGAGGGCCAGUUGACUGAAAACUUCCGCACAUUCAAUCUGGGCACCGGUUCAGGCCACUCUGUUCUGGAAGUCGCCAACACCAUGGAGGCAGUCAUUUCAAAGCCUAUCCCCAGAAGAGCCGCGGAUCGCCGCGCGGGAGAUGUAGGAUCUUGUGUCGCAGUUGUCGAUAGGUCACAGGAUGAGCUUCAGUGGAAAACAGAAAAGUCACUGAAGGAUGCCUGCGAAGACAUCUGCAACUUUUUGGAUGUUAGCGGUUUGUCUUCGUAG